AUGAAACCGCGCAUGCCCUUCGAUGAUGCUGCCUGGGAAAAAAGCGACCAGAUUGAAGACUCCUGGCUAGAUCUUCUCUUCGAUGAAGAUAUCUACAAUGAGAUUGGAAUUUUUCUCGCUGAAUAUCAUAGCCCUCGCCAAUGGGCUGAUUUCAAGUUUUUCAAAUCUGGCGGUUUCAACGCUAGCUUCCUUAUGACAUUCACCGAUACCGAUACUAGCGGCGCUCUUUUAAGACUGCCACUACUUGGCGUUCAUAUGUUUCCCGAGGAAAAAGUUCGCAAUGAGGCCUCUAUCAUGCGCUUCAUCACGGAAAGAACUUCACAAACAAUGCCGAUUCCAGUUCCUAUAGUCUCCCGCUGGGGAGAGAGAAAUGAGAGCCCCUCAAAUUUGGGUCCCUUUAUAAUCAUGGGCUAUAUUGACCACGAGAGAAGCAUGUCUAGUCUUCUCGAAACGCCAGGACGCCUACCAAAACAGCGUCCAGAACUAAAUUUGGAUAUCAGCACAAUAAAGCUAAAGGCUCUAUAUAGAGAACUAGCCAAUAUUGUCUUUUCUCUAUCUACACUCUCUGCAAACCGGAUUGGGUCUCUGAAACAGACCGGCAAAUCAGCGUGGGAGGUGGCAUAUCGACCAUUGUCCAUUUCUAUGAAUGAAAUUGUGCGUCUAGGGACGCUACCUCGAUCGAAACUCCCCACCGCAGUGUACGAUAGAGCGUCUUUGUACUUUGAAGCCCUAGCAGAGCUACAUAUUUCACACCUAAAACACCAAAGGAACGAUGCUAUAGACUCGGCCGAUGACUGCCGGCGUAAGUUUGUUGCUCGAUUUUUAUUUCGGAAACUUGUUCGAGAUCCGGAGCUUAGGGACAAAUGGGUGUCUUAUGAGCAUGGCCCAUUUCCAGUUUGGUGCGACGACUUUCGACCACAGAAUGUUAUGGUUGAUACAGCUGAAAAAGUCGUUGGGGUGGUGGAUUGGGAGUUCACAUAUACCGCCCCAGUUGAGUUUACUCAUGCUCCACCCUGGUGGCUUCUUCUCGAAAAGCCGGAAUAUUGGACCAAAGGUCUUGAUGACUGGUGCGCAGUGUAUAAGAACCGGCUUGAGGUCUUCCUUCAGGCAAUGGUGGAUUGCGAAGAGGAUGUGUACCAGACUCGGAACGAACGACUCGAAGAAAGUCAGCGACUAUCUAGUCGGAUGCGAUAUAGCUGGGAGAGCGGAGACUUUUGGAUUAUGUAUGCUGCAAGGAACAAUUUUGCCUUCGACGCCAUCUAUUGGAACAAGAUCGAUCAGCGAUUCUUCGGGUCCGAUACAUCUGACGACAAUAUAUGCGAUGUAUGGAAGAAAAGACUUCAUCUAUUGGAACCUGAAGAAAAGGAAAUCAUGGAUAAAUAUGUGGAUUUGAAGCUCCAGGAGAAUGAGACAAGGCUCCUGUGUUGGGACCCAGAUGAGUAUACCCUAGAAUAUAUGGCCAGGAUGGUAGCUUGA